AUGCUCUUGGAAGAUUGUGCGAAGGAUUGUGUGUAUUUUGAUUCUGCACUGGUGAAAGAAACAAAUGAAGAAGUUGUUUCACAAUCAGUUAAGACAGAUAAUGAUAGUGACUGUAAUCGUGAUAGUUAUAUUUGCUUAAAUUAUGAACUCUUGGUUCCUGCAAAGCUGUACACUCUUGGUCAAUCGGAAUGGACCAAAGAUUUAAAGAAAAAUAACAGGAAGCAAGAACUGAUUUUCGAACGUGAUAUUCUAAUGACUGAGCAACAUAAUGAGGCUAUAAGAACAGCACUCCCUCAUGUUCAAAUACUGACAAGAAAAAGGCGUAAUUCGAAUGAUGGACUCACACGAAAUGCAAAUGAUCAAGAGGAAGGAAGAUUUCUCCAGGAAGAACAGGAUGAAUUAGGCAACCAAAGUGGUGAUGAAAAGAAAAGGAAAGAUUGUGAGGUAGAGGAAGAAUGUAGCAGUAUAUUGUUUGAUGAAAAAAACGAAGACUCCCUUAUAGAAAGCAUUGAUAAAAGUAAGUUAAUAAAUAAAACGAGGUUACUGAUCUCAAAACCAUCUGAAAAUAUAUCUGAAUACAAACUGUCAAGUGGUGGUGACUUAUUAACCAUGUUUAAAAAAUAUCAAAAAAGUAUCCCAAAGUGCCGUCGAGUUACUACACCAGCAUAUUGGGGUAUAUUGGAUCUAACUCGAGAGAGUCUGACACUGGAUUAUCUUCAAGAAUAUUUCAAUAAGAACUGUGAAGAAAGUCAUCAAAUAAAGGAUAUAAAGAAGUUUCAUACGAACAUUCAAUUCAUAAAAGAGAAUAUGUAUUCGUUUAAUGACUCUAUGACCGAGGAAGAAUUGAAAAUGAUUUUCACCUUCCCAAUUUUUCGCUCUAUUCUUCAACUAAAUAUAGUUAAAGAUGCAUGGGGCGAAAUUCAGAGCAUGUUUAGGAUGAAAAGUCAACAUGAAGAGAACGCUAAAAAAUACCCAAAUAAAUUUGAAGCUCUUUUCGGCGAAGUGUCUGAUAGUAUGACAUCACUAGGCAUUUCUUCUUCAUUCCGUAAAAAACAAUAUUUAGAUAAAAAAAAAUUUGGUAGUCUAUGGAUGGAUCCAAGUGGGUAUGUUAAUAUUCACAUAAACCUAAUAUAUAGUUCUCGUUUAUCUGGCUUACUAAUUGAUACAGUUCAUUCAACACAGGAAGACGAUUGUGGGCUUUUUGAAGACAUAUAUUGUAUACUAAAGGAACUUAAUUCAGUGAAAGAAUUGUAUCAAAGUAAUAUGUUGAGAAAGCGUCGUCGAACUACAAUGGAAAAUAGUCUCACUUUGAAUAUGAAUAGAACACCAGAUUAA